UCACUCAGAUGCAAAGAUGAAUAACCAAGGAGUAACCUAUGCAGAACUGAAUGUAGCCAAAUCCUCAAAGAGGCAGCAAAUAAAACAUACAGGCACUAAAAGUGCCAUUUCAAUAACCGAGCAGGAAAUAAUCUACGCAGAACUAAACCUUCAGAAUGCUUCUCAGAAUCUCCGAGGGAAUGAAAAGAACUACCACCGCAAAGAUUUCCCAUCAUUUCCAGAGAAGGUCAUUUCUGGAAUCCUUGGAAGCAUCUGCCUUGUCUUGAUGGUCACGGUGGUAACAAUGAUAGUUGUUACUCCUUCUACUGUAACACCAGAGCAGAAUAACUCCUCUCCAAUAACAAGGCUCCGGAAAGACACAGCUGCAGAGAUGGAUAACCAAAGAGAAAACGACUCAGCACCGAAUCUGGUGAAGGAAUUAAGGAGACAGCGAAUGAAAGCAGAGUCACUGUCACCUCCAGAGAAGCUCAUUGCUGAGAUCCUGGGAAUCCUCUGCUUUGUCUUGAUGUAUAUCAUAGUAAAAAUGAUAGCUGUUACUCCAUGCAAGUACAUUUUUGAAAGAAUGAUGGAGUCUAUCCGAGAUCGCUGGGCUCAUCACAGCAUCGAGAUGAGUAAAUCUGAUAAUUAUGACUUUGAACUGGUGAAGCAUGGUGCUUUUGCCAGGCGGAAAAAGGGAAGAUGCACAAGCAAACGUGGAGAAAACCCAUCUCCAUCUUCCUUUGCCAGAUCCGUUGCUGUAGCCAUGGCCAUCCGUUUCCUUAUAACAGUAAUGCUAGGCAGUGCCAUGAUCAUAAAUUCAUUAUUCAACCAAGGAACUCCGGAUUCUCUGACAGGAAGUUACUGUGGUCCAUGUCCAAAAAACUGGAUAUGUUACAGAAACAACUGCUACCAGUUUUCUAAUGAGAGCAAAAGCUGGUACCAGAGCCAAGCUUCUUGUAUGAAUCAGAAUUCCAGUCUCUUGAUGAUAUAUAGCAGAGAGGAUCAGGACUUCUUUAAAUUGGUGAAGUCGUAUCAUUGGUUGGGACUAGUACAAAUUCCAGCGAAUGGUUCCUGGCAGUGGGAAGAUGGUUCCAUUCUCUCAGCUAAUCAGCUAACAAUGAUUAAGAUGCAGAACGGAACAUGCGCAGUCUAUGGCUCAAAUUUUAAAGGUUAUACAGAAAAUUGCUUAACUCCAAACACAUACAUCUGCAUGCAGAGGAGUGUAUAAAAGCUUAUAAUUUAUAAAAUAUAAAGAAUCAAAAGAAAUUCUCUGAGUGUUCUCCUCGAAGAAAACUUGGAAGAAAAUGCCUCCAAUAGUUAUGUUAAUUUUCAUAUACAUUUAAUAAAUUAUUGUUGAAUUAAGUUUUAAAUUGUAAUUUUAUUAAAUAUGCACAACUAUUAAACUAA